GGCGUGCCGUCCUAUGACAUGAGUCAAUUGAUGGGUCAGCAAGGCUUUGCUGCUAGGCUAGCAUGAUCGAGCCGUCCCUGUAAGAAAAAGGACACACACCCCGACGACAGACGAGGGAGGAAUGUGCUUUGCGUGAGGUGAGGGGUGGGUGUGACUGGCGCCGCGCCACCCACCGUGCGUUGACUUGGAUGAGCUUCAAGUGUCGCAGGACAAGCAGUUUUUCCUUGCCCGUCCUGCUCACCACAUCCACACCCUCACGCUGCAAAUCUGCCGGCAAUAUCGGCUUCAAACUGUUCCUGAACACACACACAUACACAGACAGAUACUUUCUUUCAGGAAGGUGGAGAGAAACAGGUGGUGUAUUUGUGGCGGGCGCGGCGCACCCCCUCUUCUGUAUGAUCUUGCCGAUGGUGAGGUAGGCCUUGUUGACCUCCUCCAGUGUCGCGUUGCCCUGCACACACCAAACAUUGACAAACAGGAAUACCCAUCCCACAUAAACAAACGUGCAACCCCACCCCACCUUGGUCAGCUUGGGGACGGCAGCAAAGUCAGCAGAUGUCACCUGCACCACACACAGAAAGAGACUGAUCAUCGCUAUGUAUGUUCUCGCCCUUGCAAGGAGUGCACACCGCUACGAGUGUGUGUGCACUGGCCCCUCCCCCCUUCUUGGCCGCCAUCCGCCCUGCCAUCCCUUGCCGGCCGCCCUUGGCCACAGUGAGCAUGGCCUCCUUCCGCUGCUGCCGCAACGGGGGCCGCAGACGCGCACCCUCGUCCGAGCCGCCAUCAAACUCCCUGCCCUCAUACUCUACCAAGGAUGCACACAAAUGGACAUAACAUGGGAGAACAGGGACGUGUAGGGUGCGCGAGAGCCCCUGUGUCGCCCGCACCUUGUGUCUCGUUCUGGGCAUCGGCAAUGGACACAUCAUUGAAACAAGGGACUAGCUGAAAACACACACACACACACACACACAUCUCGCCAGCAUCACUUCGGCAACGUGUGGACUCGUCCGUGUUCCGCCCACCUCUUCUACAGUCGGUGAGCCGUCGGUGGUGCUGUGCGGCGGGGGCCCAUCAUCGCGUGCCACAGCCGGGGGAGGCAGGUGGAACGGGGAAGACGGAGAGGGAAGAGGGCUACCGCCAGACGGCAGGCUGGAAGAUAAAGCCUUCAUGUGGCGACUGACCGCAACAAACAGGUAAAGGAAUGCCUAUGCACCCGAGAAGAUCAUUCACUCUCUUUGCUGCUCACUUGUAUGUGUCUUUGAACUGACGGCCUAGUGUCGUGUCGACACCAGGAACGCUGCCGAGCUUCAAACCAUCCUGCACAUCGUACACACAGAUGAGAAACUAUGGCCUGCAGUGUGUCUGUUUAAUCGAUAUCCGAUUCGUCCCUUUUCCUUUGCCUACGACGAGGUCGUGUAGGUCCUGUUCAUUCUUCAGCAGCACCUCGCCGAGCUUCUUGGUCAAACUAUAACGCUGCUCCAACACAUCCUGAUUGGUGGACAGGCAGACGCCGGAUGGACGGAUGGGCAGAGAGAAAGGAAAACAACACGUGGAGGCACCUUGUACUGGUCUUGGAUGUUCUUGGUACGUUCCUGCACGGCAUCGAGGCGCUGCAGCAGCUUGCUGGGACACAGAUCCUUGCCAUACAGGCCCUCCAGCUUCUGAACAAACCAGCAGAAAGGCGUCAAAAGGACGAAGACCUUUCAAGUCACGUGCGCACCUGUGUCAGCUGGUAUUGCACGCAGCAGAGGUCUGUCCACGCCUCCUCCAGCUGCUCUUUCAGUUUCAAUGCCGUCUUAUCCAUCGCAAACGAGAUUAGGCCACGAGAUCUCUCUGGC